GCGGUGAGCCGAGCCGAGGUGAGUGCCCGGCAGGGUGGGCCGGGCCGGCCGGGCAGGGGUCGGGGUGGCGGGCGGCACAACGCGAGCCGUGCCGCUGUGGGGGCCGUGCUCACCCGCCCCAGUGAUGGAGCUGCCACGCACCGGGCUUCCCCGAGAAAGCCGUCUAGGAUAACCGGACAGCCUGGAAUUCUGUGUGUCUGUCUCUCGGAUUAGAGCUGCUGUUAACAAACGGGUCGGGAAGGACUUGGCGGCUUGUCCCGUGGGUGACGUGCUGGGUACAAGCAGCUGCCACCCAGCCGCAGCCGAAGCCAGGAUUGUCGGUGCUGGCGAACUACCAUGCCGAACUGGGGAGGUGGCAACAAAUGCGGCGCCUGUGGCCGCACCGUCUACCAUGCUGAGGAGGUGCAGUGCGACGGGAGGAGCUUCCACCGCUGCUGCUUCCUCUGCAUGGUCUGCCGGAAAAACUUGGACAGCACAACUGUAGCAAUCCAUGAUGCUGAAGUUUAUUGCAAAUCUUGCUAUGGGAAAAAGUAUGGCCCAAAAGGUUAUGGAUAUGGCCAAGGGGCAGGCACGCUGAACAUGGACAGGGGAGAGAGACUAGGCAUCAAGCCUGAGAGCACGCCUUCUCCUCACCGGCCCACCACAAAUCCAAACCCUUCCAAGUUCGCUCAGAAGUUUGGAGGGACAGAGAAAUGCUCUAGGUGUGGAGAUUCUGUUUAUGCAGCAGAGAAAGUAAUAGGAGCUGGAAAGCCAUGGCACAAGAACUGCUUUCGAUGUGCCAAGUGUGGAAAAAGCCUAGAAUCUACAACCCUAACUGAAAAAGAAGGAGAAAUCUAUUGUAAAGGUUGUUACGCGAAGAACUUUGGCCCCAAGGGAUUUGGGUAUGGCCAGGGUGCAGGUGCCCUGGUUCAUGCCCAGUGAGGGGCUAAAAAUGCCUUCCAGCUCUGCUGCGAUCCUGCUAGAAGGAACAAGAGAGCUUUCUAAAUGUUACUAACUACUGUGAAACAGAUACUAGUUACUGUAGUGUAUGUUCAGCCCAUGAUUUUAAAAACAAACACACGCUGCUUUUUUCUUUGCCUUGUGUAUCACACUGUACCACUUAUAAUAUUGAGUAUCAAUUCAAUAAAGCUUUGCUUGUUGAUAUAGCCUAAA